CGUAUCUUCUCAGACACACUCUGUUGUUCCCAAAACCCUAAUCUUUCGGACGGUAGGGUUUUGCAGAGCCUCUUUCUCCUUUCGCAGCUUCUUCCUCUUAACCUGUGAAACUUUGCUUUUCCCUUCCUUUAAUCUGAAAUGGGCAAGUCUAGCAAGAAAUCAGCUGUUAAGGUUGAUGCCGCUCCAGCUGUUGUUCCGCCAUCCAAAUCGGCGAAGAAGGGAGGGAAGAGACAAGCUGAAGAAGAAAGUGAGAAGCAAGUGAUUGCAAAAAAACAAAAGAUAGAGGAGGUUGCUCAGAAACAAAAGAAGGAAGCAAAGCUGCAGAAGAAGGAAAGCAGUUCUGAUGAUUCUUCAUCAGAUUCUGAAGAUGAGAAACCUGCUGUUAAACCUGCUGCUCUUUCAAAAAAGGUACCCGCUAAAAAUGGUGCUUUAAAAGCCCCUGCAAAGAAAGGAAAGCCGGUUUCCAGUUCUUCUGAAUCAUCUGAAGACGAUUCUUCAGAAUCUGAGGAUGAGAAACCUGUGCCAAAAGCUGUUGUACCUGCACAAAAGGCUCCUGCUAAAAAUGGUGCCCCAGCAAAGAAAGGCAAGCCCGCUAGCAGCUCCAGUUCUUCUGAGGAUUCUGAAGAUGACUCGUCUGAAGAGGAGAAACCUGCUGCCAAGAAUGGCUCUGUAACUGCCUCUGCAAAGAAAGGCAAGCCAGCUGCAGCUGCAAGCUCUUCUGAUUUAUCUGAGGAAUCCUCUGACGAGGAUGAUGUUCCAAAAACUAAGGCGGUCCCUGCUGCAGCAAAGAAUAUAACUUCUUCUAACAAGAAAACUCAGCCUAGUGGAAGUUCUGAUUCUGAUAGCAGCUCUGAUGAGGACGAUAAAAAGAAAAUAUCUACAACUACAAAGCUGCCUGCUUCAUCAGUUGCUCCAGUUAAGAAAGUGGUAAGCUCAGACGAUGAUUCAAGUGAAGACUCUGAUGAAGACGAUGAUGUCAAGCCCUCUGCAACUGCUGUGUCAAAGCCUGCUGUGUCAAAGAAGAAAGUUGAUAGUUCUGAUUCUGAUGAUAGCAGCUCUGAUGAAGACAAUAUGAAGGCUGCCAAAAAGGUUUCCAAUGCCAAGUCAGUGCCUGUGUCUAAGCAGCCUGUUAAGACCUCAAGUACUAGUGAUUCAGAUGAAGAGGAUUCUUCUGAAAGUGACUCUGAAGAGGAAAAGAAAACUGCAAAACCUGCUAAUCUUAGCAAGAAACAAGCUGCUGUAGUGAAGACCCCUAAAAAAGGUUCUACUGAAAGUUCAUCAGAGAGUGAUUCUUCAGAUGACGAGGGGAAGAAGAUGGAUAUAGACGAAGAAGAUAGUUCUGAUGAAAGUGAAAAGCCACAGAAGGCUGUGAAAAAUGUGAAAGAAAGCAGUGACAGUUCAGAGGAAGAAAGUGAGGACGAACCCUCCAAAACACCGCAAAAAAGAGCUAGGGAUGUGGAGAUGUUAGAUACUGUUUCAUCCGGAAAGAAAACUCCCAAUACUCCAAUUACACCAAAUGCAGAAAGCGGUGCUUCAAAUACUCUUUUUGUUGGGAACCUAGCAUACAGUGUUACCCGAGCUGAUGUGGAAAAUUUCUUCCAGGAUUGUGGAGAAGUUGUUGAUGUUCGUCUUGCAACAGAUGAAGAAGGAAGGUUUAAAGGAUUUGGACAUGUUGAGUUCGCAACAGUUGAAGCUGCCCAGAAAGCUCUUGAGUUGAAUGGAGAAGAAUUAUUGAAUCGUCCACUGCGGCUGGAUUCAGCCAAGUCCCGGGACAGGGGUGCUUAUACUCCCAAUAGCAACAAUUGGAAAGACUCAUCUCAGAGAAGUGGAAGAGGCCAGUCUCUUACCCUUUAUGUAAGGGGUUUUGAUAAAACAAUUGGGGAAGAUGCGAUAAGAGCUAGUUUGGAGGAACAUUUUGGUUCUUGUGGAGAUAUUACAAGGGUGUCAAUUCCGAAAGAUUACGAUACUGGUGCUGUCAAGGGGUUUGCUUACAUGGACUUUGGUGAUGCUGAUAGCAUAAGCAAAGCUCUAGAACUCCAUGAAACUGACCUUGGUGGUUAUACCCUCACAGUUGAUGAAGCCAAGCCUAGGGAGCCUAGGGAUAAUCAAGCCUCUGGGGGAAGAGGCGGUGGUGGAAGAGGUGGUGGUGGUAGGUUUGGUGGAAGAGGUGGCAGUGGAGGUAGAUUUGGAGGCAGUGGUGGAGGUAGAUUUGGAGGCAGUGGUGGUGGCCGGUUUGGUGGAAGUGGAAGAGGUGGUGGUGGUAGAUUUGGUGGAAGAGGCGGUGGUGGAAGAGGUCGUGGACCUCCAAAUAGAUCCAUGGCGGAAGGCACAGGAAAAAAGACCAAGUUUGCCGAUGAAGACUAGAGGGGCCGAGUCUUUCUUGCAGAUACUGAAUUAGUAUUUGUAUUGUUCACCUUCCAUUAGGAUUUUUGUCACCUCAGUUUUGGUAUUUGUUAGUAGUAUGAAUUCUUAGUAUUUUUGGUUGUAUUUGGAAAUUUUGAGAUUUGAUACAUUGGGCUUUUAUGCAUUAUUAUAUUACAGUAAUUGUAGCUCUUCGGCAUUGCCGAUUAUUUUAAGUCAAACUAAAUAUAGAUAUAUAUAUAUAUAUAUUCAUGCUUCC